GUGCUCGCAGGAGCGCCGGGCUUUCCAGGCAGGCAAGUAGCUCGUUGCAGGCUCGUUGGGACGCGGUUUGACACGCCUGUCUCUGGAAAGUAAAGCAGACCAUUUUGGGGGUCUAGUGUUGCUAUCUAUUGAUGAUUAUGUGAGUUUCUUACGUAAGUGCUGCUCUCUAUCAAACGUUUCUUGUGCUAACUAUAAUAUGCACCUGUUCUCUUCGAUCUUGUGAUUGGCAUGUGCUUGGGAUGACCGCGAGAAAUCACGAGAAAUACAAGUUUCCAAGUGUCAACGCGCGAACGCGAGAGCUUCAAGGGCUGUUCAAGGAAUUCAUGAAGUGGGCGGUUUUACGUGAUAUUGAUCACAAAUCAAAUUUGUUUUGAAAUUGCCUUGAAAGCAGUAGUAAGGACAAGGUAUUGUCCAAAUUCUAUCAUGCAGUCUUCUGAUAUCACCCAAGAAAACGAUGAAGAUUGUUGUUCGUUCAUUGUAUUUAGGCAUAUUGCAAGGAAUAUCACUUCAAUGGAUCGUGAUAUCUUUCAUUACUCGCCAACGUUUCGUGUACAGCAAAUGACUUGGUCCAUUGCAUACAAAGUUUAUAGGCCCCCAGAGCAUAAUGAAGAUGUGUUUGGUCUCUUCAUUGCUUUCAAAGGUACUGUCCACCCGUCACGUCCAAUGGUCAACAUGGAAGUGGAAUUAAAACUUAUUAAUCAAUUUUCCCCAAAGAAAACUGUUACGAAGGACUUUGCUGCUUUUCUUAACACUUCCAUAAGAACACAUUUAGGUUUUAAAAAAUUCAUCAGGAAUUUGGAGGAAGUUUUGUUGUCAAGGCAACUGAAUAAUUGUUCUCUUCAAGAUCGUGGACAAUACUUACUGACAUCAGGACUGGGCAGUGACUGUGAAUUUCUUGUUGGCAAGGAUGACAACAAGAGGUCUUUUCAAGCUAGUGCCUUGAUGCUAGCACGUGUGAGUCCUGUGUUUGAGACCAUGUUUUUUGGAGAAUUGAGACAAACUUCCCCUGUACCAGUGCCUGAUGUGCAGCCUGAUGCUUUCUACAAAAUGCUUCAAUUUGCAUAUGGUUGCGAGCUGCAUUUAGGCUCUCAAGAAGAGGUAAUGGAUCUUUAUUAUGUAGCAGACAAGUACCUUGUGGCUGACUUACAAAUUGCGUGUUUGAAACAUGUGUGGCCAACAGAUGUUAAUGAUGUGUGGUCAGCCCUGCACAUGGCCACUUUCUAUGGACUUCCUUCUCUAUUGACUGCUGCAUUGAAGGUGGUGGGUCAGAAAAUUGAUGCUGUGCUGCAGCACCAAGAAUUUUGCGCUCUUAGUGCAAAUAGUUUACUAACACUUGUUCAAGCUCAUGAGUUAAAAGUUGGCUCAGAACUGCAGUUGUUUCAAGCUGUUUUACGUUGGGCAUCAGCCAGCUGCCUACGUAAAGGUAUUACAGCUGACCCAACCACAAUGCGUGCAGAAUUGGAAGAAAUUUUACCAUACAUACGUUUCCUGUCAAUGAACCAGGAGCAAUUUGCUGAAGAUCCAGUAACCUGUGGAUUGCUGACAACCGAAGAGAAGUUGCAAUGUCUAUUGGCUAUUGUACAUCCCUCUCUACAUGACCCCCCAACUACCAUCUGUGCUUUGAGGAAACCCAGAGGUCGACAAAAUUCCUGAGUUUUCCCAUUCAUUCUGAGGUUUUCAAAUCAAAGGGCUAGUAGAUUCUUCAAAAACUUGACAGCCCCACCUCCUUUGAAUGCAAUUGUCUGAAGACUUGCUAUGGAAAUUCUAUUACCUCAGUUAAUGACAACUUGUAAGUUACAUGAACUGUGUUUAGAUUGAUAUGUGAGCGUAUCCUGGGAUCAUGUUGAAUGUAAGCCAAUGCUUACAGUAUUUUCUGUGUAAUAUUCAAUUUGUAGAUUCCCCAGUGGUGAAGAAACCACUUCUGUUCAAUGGAUAGAUGUCAUACCUCAUCCUUUCAAUAUUUUUAGCAUAUCAGUGUUCAUUGUGCCCUUUAAAUGUCCAUUCAGAUAUCCUGUAAAUGUUUCUUAACCCCCCUGAAAGUUACUAAAAAGGAUUGAAUCUUUUACAAUUCCGAAAUGUACUCUCAGGUAUCCAUUCAGAAUGCUGUCAAUUUCAUGUGUCAAAUGAGGAGGUAACAGGGUUGGAGAUAAAAUUGAGGCAAAUUAUUGCUUUAUCUUUUCUGUUUGUUGUUGUUGAUUUUUUUCCAUUUGUUACAAGAGAUACAUUAUAUUGAUUGGUUAGGUUACAUUAUAUUGAUGUGUCUUUGGGUCAGAAAGGCAUACUUGUUAUACUUUAUCAGAAAUAAACUGUAUUGUUCGUAGCAAUAAUGAUUUGUAUCAGAAUACACGAUCAUUAUUCACUUGGUUUUUGGUGCUAUUAAUUGAAUUGCUCAAACUGUAUUUUUUCAUUUAUAAAGACUGAGAAAUGUUUUGUUUACCAUUAUAUUUCAUGAGAGUGAGGGGUUUUGUAAAUAUAUUAAUGGUGCCAAUUUGUUACAUUCAGUGAUUUUUUAAUUAGAAAGAUUUAGAAGAUCAGCCUGCAAUAUUCGGCAAGUCUAAUUUAUAAUGAGUUUGCGUUCAGAAGAAUGUCUUAACUCGGAAAACCAGAAUUAAAAUCUAGAAAAAUCUGAUAAUUCUUAACUGGUGCAGUGUAGUUUUCUCAUCUAUUUUUGUGGUGUAUGUAGUAACAGUAGUGAAGUUGUCACUAUGUUCCAGUGAACUUUGAAGAUAUAAUUGCAGUUUUUUUUAAUGGUGUGGUUUUCUUUAUUUCUUUAAGAUUUUCUGUUAUGGUAAAAGAAUAGACUUUGAGUGUAGUAGAUUCAUUUUUGUAUUGAAUGUGCCAUUACCUAUGACUGUGAAUUAAGUACUAUUGUACUUGUAUUGGUUUGCUUGCCAGAAUUGAGCUCACCCUAGGUUCAAAACUUAAGUUUUCCUGAAGAAGAGAAUGGAAACAUCUCCAUUUUCCAAAAACCGGUUCUAAAGUCGAUUAAAAUAUUUUUAUAGAAUAUACUGAUGUGAGGAAUGGUCGUUUUGAGCAUAAGGUGACUCACUUCACAGUGAAAUAUUAAUUAGCCGGAUAGUUUUCUGUAAUGGUUAUUUAUUGUACCAUUGUUUCCCUUCGUUCAUUCCAAACCCUCACAUUCCCAGUGCUUUUCAUAUAAGAUUUUUAUAGUUUUGUUUAAUGUGUUUGGGAAAGUUCAUUAUUGUUACCUGACUGAACUUAUUUUUACAAUAUAUAAUAUAUAUAUAAAUGGUUUAAAUCUAUAUUUUUGUGGAUCUGUUUUAAUGUAACAAGGGAAGAAAAUAAAUGUACGUAUGUCAACUGUAACACUUCA